AUGCUCCUACGCUCUCGUCUUCAUCAGGUGAUGACGAUCCAACGUCAAUUCAUUGCAACGUCUGUACGGAAUUGGGAAAGUAUUGAAUCGAAAUGGCAAAAGCAAUGGAAGAAGAAGAAAAUGAAGCAGCAUCUUUCAUCUUUGAAGAAGAAGAAGACCUUCUAUUGUCUUUCCAUGUUUCCAUAUCCAUCAGGUCAAUUACAUAUUGGUCAUGUACGUGUGUAUACGAUUAGUGAUUGUAUGGCACGUAUUAAGUCAAUGCAAGGUUAUAAUGUACUUCAUCCAAUGGGAUGGGACGCUUUUGGAUUACCAGCUGAGAAUGCAGCCAUUGAACAUGGCGUCUCACCUGCGGACUGGACAGUGGCGAACAUUGCACAGGCAAGACAUCAGCUUCAAGCACUGGGGAUACAAUUUGACUGGGAUCGAGAAGUUACAACGUGUUUACCAGACUAUUAUAAAUGGACGCAGUGGAUCUUUUUGCAAAUGUUUGACAAGGGUCUUGCCUAUCGUAAAGAGGCUCUUGUGAAUUGGGAUCCCGUAGACAAGACGGUACUUGCUAAUGAACAGGUGGAUGUUGAAGGAAGAUCCUGGCGCUCGGGUGCAAUGGUGGAGCAGCGGUCGCUCAAACAGUGGUUCUUGCGCAUCACGGAGUAUGGCGAUCGACUGCUGGAUGACCUGAACAAGCUGAACAAGUGGCCGGAAGCUGUCAAGCGUAUGCAAGCAGCAUGGAUUGGACGCUCGCAGGGUUCAAGGGUCGAAUUUCAGGUCGUAUUGGAUCCGGCGGCUGCCCAACCGACUACACUAAUGGUAUUUACGACGCGCGUUGACACGAUCUUUGGUGUAAGCUUCAUUUCAAUCGCUCCUGAUAGCGUCAAGGUGGAGGCUCUUCUCCCACAUGUUCCGGUGGCACAGCGGACCGCCGUCGACGUCUAUGUUGCCAAAGUGCGUGCAAUGAGUAACGGUAAGGGCGAUACGACUGCCGGAGUGUUCACGGGACUGUAUGCGUGUCAUCCGCUUACCGGACGCCAUGUACCCAUAUACUUGGCCGAGUAUGUGUUAGCACAUUACGGUAGCGGUGUGGUCAUGGGCGUCCCCGCGCACGAUAGCCGAGACUUGGCCUUCGCGCGUCACCACAAUCUCGACGUGCGGCCCGUUGUGCGAAGCAGCGACGGAGUAAUGUGGAACGAAGACGAGGCGUUCACAGAUUUUGGCGUGCUGCAUGACUGUAACGAGUUUUCUGGUAUGACAUCGCAGGAAGCAACCAUGGCCAUCAACCGUCGCCUCGAAGAGGAGGGUGCUGGUUGUGCCACUACUCAAUUUCGUCUGCGUGAUUGGUUAGUUUCCCGUCAGCGCUACUGGGGUACUCCUGUACCAAUCAUCCAUUGUCCAUCGUGUGGACCGGUUGGAGUUCCUACUGAACAGCUGCCAGUUGUACUGCCGCCUUUGGGAAAAGAUGUGGCUAGCGACCUGCGUGGUAAAGGUAGUAGCGACUCUCCUCUUGCGCGCAUGCCUGGUUGGCAGGACUGCAAAUGCCCUCGUUGCGGCGGCGACGCCAAACGCGACACCGACACACUUGAUACGUUUGUUGAUAGUUCGUGGUACUUUAUGCGCUAUUGCGAUGCCCGCAACAAUUCUGCUGCCUUUGAGCCUGAGCAAGCACAAACAUGGCUGAAGCGCACAGGCGUGGACCUUUACAUCGGUGGAAUCGAGCAUGCAAUUUUGCACCUACUGUACUCGCGCUUCGUGACCAAAUUUAUGUUCGAUCAAGGAUUUUUGGCCACCGAUGAGCCUUUUGCUCAGCUGCUAGCCCAAGGCAUGGUGCUGGGGCGCACUUACAAGUCGUCCGGUUCGCUACGUCCUUUGGCGCGGGAUGAAUAUGAAGAGGUAGUAUCUGAUGGUCACGCGGUCGUGGUCGAAAAGAAGACCGGGCAUCCCGUGGUAACGCUGUGGGAAAAAAUGUCCAAAUCGAAACAUAACGGCGUGGACCCUGAACAGAUCCGUUCACGCUUUGGUGCUGACGUGACACGCCUUGCCGUGCUAUUCAAAGCACCACCCGCUUAUGAUCUGGAGUGGGAUGAAGCCGACCUCGCAGGUCAAUCGCGCUGGUUGGCACGCGUUUGGUCGCUUUUGGAUGGUGUGCUGGUGUCACGGAGUCAAGGUACUAGCUCUUUUGUUGACGAAGAAGAGGAGAAGGAGCUUCGCCACCAACUGCAUGGAACGAUCAAGCGUGUCACAGAGGCACUGAAUGACUUUCAGUCGUUCAAUGUUGCUAUCGCGGAGCUAAUGAAGCUGUCUAACUUACUUGGUGAGCGUCGGACACGGCUACAGGGCUCUGCAGCUUACGAAGAGGCUCUGCGUGCGCUGGUUCAAAUGUUGGCACCACUGGCUCCUCAUACUUCGGCUGAGAUGUUUCAGGCUCUGGAGGAUGGUGACGAUGCAGCUGAUGUCCAUGCUUGCUCGUGGCCCGUGUACGAUCCUGCGCUACUGGAUCGUGCUCAGGUUAAAGUAGUGUUACAGGUGCAAGGCAAGCCGCGUGACACCAUUCUUGUGGACUCUGCCUUGCUCGAGGCUCGGGACUCGGAUGCAGUGUUGGCGUUGGCACUGGAAUCCCUGGCUGUGCAGCGUCACCUACAGGGCCGUGAUGUGCGCAAGGCGAUUUUGGUUCCUCCCAAGAAACAAGGGACCCAUGGACUGUUGAACAUUGUUGCAAAGUAG